GCAAAACACGGGUGCGACAAGUGGAACACGUCGCACCAUGCCCCGCCGCGCCUCCCGGCGCCGCCGCGACUCGCGCGACUCGCGGGAGCGGGCGCCGCCGAGAAGACGACGAGAUGAAGGGCGGUAUCGCCAGCGAUCUGCGCCGCGCUCUCGGCGCGAGCCAAGCCCUGACUUGUACUCGGAAUACAGCUACAGUUACGACGACUUCGACUACGACGAUAGGCGCCCUUUGCCGCGCCGAGGGCGCGGCGGGCGCGGCCCGCGCAGCCGCAGCCCGCGGCGCGGCGAGCGCCGGCGCAGCAAAGGCACCCCCGACAAGCCGCUCUUUACCGAGCUCGCAUACCGCAGCAAGGACGAUCUGGACAUUUACAACGAGUUCUGUGAGAAGGUCGGUAUCAAGGGUAGAGUCAUUGCGAAGAUCCGAGGGAUGAUGCAGAACAUGUGGCGUGACGACUUGGCGCGAUUGCUGGAGCCUGCGGAGGUGGACAACAUCCGAAAGGCGGAGAAUCCCAUCGGCAUGGCCAUCAACCGCAUUCGCACCAUCGAGCGGGAGUCCGGACGCCCCAAGGAGAUGGCCCAGCGCAAAGGCAGCGGCAAAGGCAAUGAGGCGCAAAGUAGCCAACCAAAGGGCCGCAGCCGCAGCCGGAGGAGUCUGCCCCGGGCACGGCGAGAGGAUCGUUCACCGCGGUGAAUCUGAAUCGCAGCUCCUUUCAGUGGCCGGGUCUUUUUCGGGAUAUCUACUUGGAGCUUCGUCGUUGCGGCGGGACCAAAAACGAGCCGAGAGAGAAAA